AAACGGCGCACGGGCACCUCGUGGAAGCAGAGCAGAGCACCGCUUAACGUUAAACCCCGCUCUGCUCUGUGCUCCCACCACUUCCGCUCCCCGCCACACGGCCACCCGUCCACCCCAACUCCCGCGCCAUGUCCCGCCUCGACGCCGCCUCCCUCCUCUCCCCCUCGCCGCCGCCGCCGGCCAAGCCCAACCCCCGCGGCCGCUUCCUCUGCCUCAUCUCCACCACACUCGCCGUCCUCGGCGCCUCCCUCUCGCUCCUCCUCUUCUUCGCCCUCCACCCCGCGCCCAAACCGGCCCCGGACUACGGCUCCCUGUUCCUCUACCUCGGCUCCAACGAUACCGCAGCUGCCCAUCUCCGCGCGCUCACCCUCCACCCCCACGUCGCGGGGACCAAGGCUAACUCCCUCACCGCCCGCUACGUGCUCGACGCGUUCUCCGCCCUCUCCUUCUCCGCACACAUCACCGCCUACUCCGUCCUCCUCUCCUACCCUGUCCAUCGCUCCCUCUCCCUCUCUGCGCCCGGCCGCGGCGUCACGUCCUUCUCCCUGUCUCAGGAGACGUACCCUGACGACCCCUACGCGGCCGCCGCGGCGGAGACGAUCCCAACGUUUUAUGCGUACGCCGCGUCCGCGUCGGUCUCCGCGGAGGCCGUGUACGCCAACUACGGCCGCGAGGAGGACUUCGCCUACCUCGCUUCCCGCAGCGUCGACGUCGCGGGCAAGGUGGCGCUCGCGCGGUACGGGAAGAUCCACUGCGAGGACAUCGCGCACAACGCGCGCGCUGCCGGAGCCGCGGCCGCGGUGGUGUACACUGACCCGCUGGAGUACGAUGGCGCCCCGGGGGAGGGGUGGUUCCCCAACUCGCGGUGGCUGCCUCCCAGCGGCGUGCAGGUGGGGAGCCUGUUCCGGGGUGUGGGGGACCCGACGACGCCGAUGUGGGCGUCGGCGGAGGGCUGCGAACGCGUCAGCGUGGAGGAGGCCAUGACAACCGACGACAUGCCGCUCAUCCCGGCGCUGCCGGUGUCGGCGCGGGACGCGAUGGAGAUCCACGGCGCGCUGGGCGGGGCCGUGGCGCCGGCAGACUGGCAGGGUCGGGAGGGCGGACCCGUGUACCGCCUCGGCCCCGGGUCGGCAGUUCUAAACCUGACGUAUAUUGGGAAUGAUACGAUGGCAACGAUUGAGAAUGUCUUUGGUAUUAUCGAAGGCGCAGAAGAGCCUGAUAGAUAUGUUAUUCUGGGUAACCAUCGUGAUGCUUGGACGUUUGGAGCAGCUGACCCCAAUAGCGGAACUGCAGCUAUGAUUGAGUUAGCUCAAAGGUUUUCAAUGCUGCAAAAGCAAGGAUGGAGACCUCGAAGAACCAUUAUCUUCUGUAGCUGGGAUGCCGAAGAGUAUGGAUUGACAGGAUCGACUGAAUGGGUUGAAGAAAACCGGGAGAUGCUUUCUUCGAGAGCUGUUGCUUAUUUAAAUGUUGACGUUUCAGUAGUUGGUCCGGUAUUCCAUCCUUCUGCAACUCCCCAACUUGACGAGUUACUUCAGGAAACAAUUAAAUUGGUUCAAGACCCUGACAAUUCAUCUCUGACUGUGUACGAUUCAUGGGUCAAAUCCAACAUUUCUCCCAUGAUUGGACGACUAGGCAAUGGAGGAUCAGAUUUUUCAGCCUUCGUCCAACAUGCUGGCAUUCCUUCAACCAAUAUGGUUUUUGGAGAAGGACCUGGAUAUCCAGUUUACCAUUCUCUAUAUGAUGACUACAUAUGGAUGGAGAAAUUCGCAGAUCCUGGAUUCCGUAGGCAUGUUGCAGCUGCUAGCAUCUGGGGAAUGAUGGCUUUGAGGCUUGCCAGCGAAGAGAUCAUACCCUUCAAUUACAUGUCCUACGUAGUCGAGCUAGAGGCAUACACAAAGGCGGUAGAGAACGAUGUAAACGGAACAGCUGUUAGUUGUUCCCCACUGCACAACUCAAUCAGAGCACUCAGAAGGGCCGCUACCAAAGUAAAUAGCGAGCGAAAGGAACUUCAAAGGCAACUGCUGAGGAAGCUGCUGAACAAGGAUUCACUGAAAAUUCGAGAGCUCAAUGACCGGCUUAUGCAGGCAGAACGAGCAUUCACUAACAGGGAAGGCCUCUACAAGCAGGAAUGGUUUAAACAUUUGGUCUAUGGGCCUAUGGAACAGAAUGACUGGGAUACUGCAGUCUAUCCCGGUAUAGCCAAUGCCAUAGCCAGCGCUAGGAGCAACAACACUUCGGAAUCCUGGAAGUUUGUACAGCAUGAGAUUCACAGAGUAGCAAGGGCCGUGACACAGGCAUCUGCUGUGCUUAGUGGCACUUUGACAUGACAGAACUGGUAUUACAUUGAACACAUUGUUUCAGCAAUUGCAGUAUACAGGCCCAGGAUAAACGGAUAAUUUUUACCUGCCGACUACUGAUCCUCUGGAUAAGAAAAAGAUGCAGUAGGGAAUAGUUGAUUGCGAUUGAUUUACACAGGAUGAGAUUAGUACGUCACCUGUACAGAUAUUUUGGCUGAUAUGCACAGAUGCUUGUAUUUGUAUGCUGCGAAAAAGAAAGUUUUGCUUCAUUAUUACGUCUUGCAGAUCUUUCAAGAAACUAUGUAAUAUCAAUCGGGGCAGUACCGUUGCAAGGCUUGCGGCUUCCAAUAUAAGUAUGAUAUGCUACCUGCUGUUCAACAA